AUGCUUACCGCACCCGUUGUCCUCAAAGCUGCGCUUGCCUUGAUGAUCAUCUUGCAUACCAACCACACACAUGCACUGUUUCUCAAUCUUGAAGCGCAGAGGGCCAGGUUACCAUUCCUUCGGGAGAAUCUUCCUUUUGAGUCUGUUCAUGAGGCUGCAGAUGUAUCCGGGCCCACAUUUGGAGGGGUUCUGAACUUGGUGAAAUUUGAGCCAACAGAAACGGUACUUGAGUACCUGACAAGGAUUCAGAAGGAUCAGGAGAACCUUACAAAAUAUGCGAAUGUUCCAUGGCACGAAUUGUCUCGGCAAACAGGCCAUCCGAUGGAAGAUAUAUUGCCUGUAGUCGCAGAAUCGAUGAUCUUUAAUUGGAUGGCCGGCCUUGGACCUGCUGUUCUGGGAGAAAACCCGUAUCGUCAUAUGGCAGUCACACAGACGCAUAUUCGAACCAAGCUGGGUAUGUUAGCAAGUGCUGGAGCUGGAGGUAAAGAUGGCGGUCAGAUCGUACUUUUUUUCCAGGGUGCUUUGGCGAAUGUGUCCUCACUGUGGGUGGAGCGUGCCGCGGAAGAAAUGAAGAACAUCGCGCUGUGGUUGGCAGAUGAAACUUCUUUGCAAACUCAGGUUGGAGAGUUCACGAAGCAUGUUACUUAG